UCUUUAGGAAAUACGAUUUAACUCACCUGUGUUGCCCAAUAAGAUAGCAAAAAAUCCAGAGAAUAAAAACAGGAACCGAUACAGAGAUGUAAACCCAUAUGACCAUAGCCGUGUCAAGCUGCAAAAUGUGGAUAAUGAUUAUAUCAAUGCCAGUCUUGUGGUUGUUGAAGAAGCGCAGAGAAAUUACAUUCUAACACAAGGCCCUCUCCCCAACACUUGCUGUCAUUUCUGGUUAAUGGUGUGGCAGCAGAAAAGCAAAGCAAUUGUAAUGCUGAACCGAGUCAUUGAGAAGGAUGCGGUAAAGUGUGCCCAGUAUUGGCCUACUCCUGAGGACGAAGUACUUCCUUUUAGGGAAACAGGACUGUGUGUAAAGCUGUUAUCUGAAGAUAUUAAAGCAAACUAUACAGUCAGAGUGUUACAACUACAGAACAUCAAUACAGCAGAGUCAAGAGAAAUAUUCCAUUUUCAUUAUACCACGUGGCCAGAUUUUGGUGUUCCAGAGUCCCCAGCCUCAUUUCUAAACUUCCUGAUUGAAGUCCGGAACUCUGGUUCCCUGGAUCCUGAAUAUGGGCCCUCUGUUGUACACUGCAGUGCAGGGAUUGGGCGUUCUGGGACCUUUUCUUUGGUUGAUACCUGUCUUGUACUGAUUGAAAAAAGGAAAGAUCCUUCCACUGUGGACAUUAAACAAGUGUUGUUGGAUAUGAGGAAAUACCGAAUGGGACUAAUUCAGACACCUGGUCAGCUAAGAUUUUCCUAUAUGGCUGUAAUAGAGGGAACAAAAAUGAUAAUGGGAAAUUCAAGCCAACAGAAUCCGUGUACAGACAAUUCCAAAGAUGACCUAUCUGACAAAGUGGACAGUAAACAGACAGAAGAGCGAUAUAAUGGUAACCGGCUACAUAUUGAAGAAGAGGAGCAGACUGAUGGUAAAUCUCAAGAAGCAGCCGCUGAUGCUCAAAGGUAA